UACAAGGGACUUAAUCCUCUGAGUUUACUCACUGAAACUUUCUUCUAAAUUUAACCUCACUUUGUCAUAUUGUAUUUGCAUCUCACUAAGUAAGCUUUCCCUGAGUCAUCACCAAUUAGUCAAGAUGGAAUUGGUUUACAGGUAACAUGAUUAAAGAGCGGAGAUCCACAGACUCGCUAAAAGUCGAGAAUAGGUUUUUUCAAUAAACGUGUAAUGCACACAAAAGGCACAUGAUUGGUCCUUUGAGACACACGACGUCAAUAGAAUCGCGAGAGUGUUUAAAUACCUUAUUUCACAUUAACAUCAAAACUUGUUGUUUGAGCAGGCCUUAAACGAAAAUAGACGAACAAUAGCGAAUUCAAUGCGAGUGAAAUAGACCCCUCGUUAUCCUGAGGCUGAAAAGAAUCGAUUCGUUUCACCUCAGUAAGCUAAUUUUACGUAUGAUACCAUGAAAAGUGUUAUUGUUGGACUUGUAAUUGAUUUGACUCGCGCGUCUGUGAUCCCUUGAGUGAGUUUACUGUAUUAGUUGGUGUUGACGCGACAAAUUGUUUAUAGAGCUCUGAAUCAAGGGUGACCGGACAAACUGAAUCAGGAUGAAGCCAGACGAUUAACUGAAAGGUGAAAAUGGAAAAAGCUGUGAGGUUCGAGAACAAUGAACAAUCGGACGACGAAGAUGAACUGCAUAACACGGGACAAGUAUCAAAUGGAGGACACAGCAACAGCAAUAGCACAAUAACAGAAGAUAAAAUAAAACACAAACAAAGCACUUUAAAGGACAGCGAUAGCGUGGAAUCUGUGGGAAGGUGGAGAACGGUGACUAAGCAAAUCCGAAACGCGGUGUUUGUCAAAAACUCCGUGAAACCGUCGAGAUCGCGACGGCGGUCAACGGUGAAAUCUUCCGUUACUGUGGAUCCGUUUCUUCAAAAGUUUAGCACUCGAGAUAACAGAAAGGUUACUCCACCAAACCGAAAGAGAUCUAAGGCAUCAAGUAAAAGUUCCUCUACUGAUAAUGUACUCUCAAAGGUGAAUUCCGCUGACGGUUCGCGCCGCGCUACUUUAGAAAUCGAAAAAGAAAUUGACAGUGAAUUAGCAAGUGGCUCUGUAUACGAGUACGACCAAACGAUUCGUUGGAAAGACAAGAAGCCUAUUUUCGAUCCAGAUGGUCUUCAUCUUUGCGUGUGGUUUUAUGUGCUUGUUUUUGCGAUCCGCUAUAACCUGUGGGCAUUGAUUACGAGAAUAGCCUUUCCCGAAGCCCAGACUGGCGUUUUGAAGAUAGUUUGGUUUCUCUUCGACUAUUUUUGCGAUGCCAUUUACGCCCUGGAUAUCGCCAUCGCCGCGCGAACUGGCUUUCUAGAGGAGGGAAUUCUGGUAAUGGACACGAAACGAGUGUAUAAGCGAUACAUUCACUCUGUAGAGUUUAUUGCGGACGUGGUGUCCUUGAUUCCAACUGAUGUUUUGUAUGCCGCAUUUGGACCUCUUCCGCUUCUCAGAGUCAACCGAAUUGUUAAGGGAUACAAAAGCUUUCGUAUUAAAUCCGUCAUGGAGUCACAAGCGAACUAUCCUACUUUCUUGCGCGUGUUCUUUCUAAUGCACCUUAUGUUUCUCCUCAUACACUGGAACGCAGCGUUUUAUUACAUGAUAUCUAGAGCGGAGGGAUUCGGAACUAAUGAAUGGGUUUAUCAAGGGAACGGUUCCCUGUAUCAGCAAUAUCUACAAUCUUUUUACUGGUCCACGCUCACACUGACCGCCAUAGGAGAUCUGCCUCAACCGACCACAAAUCUGGAAUAUGUUUACACCAUCGCUUGUUACUUGACUGGUGUUUUCAUGUUUGCCACUAUCGUAGGUAACGCAGGAAGCAUUAUUGUGAACAGAAAUGCGGUGAGAAUGGACUUCGAGAAACAAAGGGAAAACACAAAACAGUAUAUGAAGAAGCAUAAUGUACCGAAGGACUUGCAAAGACGAGUGGUGAUGUGGUAUGACUAUUCCUGGGCCAGAGGCCGAAUGAGCACUGGAGGUGGAGAUCUGAACUCUCUCACCCUUCUACCAAACAAACUGAAGACGGAGAUUGCCCUGCAUGUAAAUCUUGAGACUCUGAGAAAGGUGACGUUCUUGCAAAAAUGUCAACCGGAAUUUCUGCACCACCUCGUCUUGCAAAUGAAGCUGAGAAUAUUCACCCCAGGCGACCUCGUUUGCAGAAAAGGGGAGGUUGCGCGAGAGAUGUACGUCAUAAUAGACGGAAAAAUCGAGGUUAUAGGAGAUCAAGGCCAAGUACUCAAAGUUCUCUCAGGUGGAGAUUUCUUCGGUGAGAUUGGAAUUCUCAGUUUGAGUGAAGGUCAAAACAGACGAACAGCCGACGUGCGGACUAUAGGAUAUGUGGAGUGUUUCGUUCUUGCAAAGGGAGAUGUUCUGUCCGCCAUCAGAGACUACCCCGAGGCGCAGGCCGUCCUUGCCGAAUAUGGUAAGAAACGUCUGGAGCGACAAAACAGCUGUCAAGAUCCACGCCUUGUGGAUAUGGACGACAGUGGGAGAGAAAAUCAAAGCAUGAAUGUUGACGCUAAUGAUAACACGGACAGUGACUUACUCGCUCAGAAGACACAUCACCUCCUGAGUUUAUCACCAGCUAACUGUGUUCCAAACGGACAUUACAAGAGACCACGCUUGUCAUUCGGUCACGCUUCUCAGCAGCCGUCAGGUCGAGCAGUCUUAGAGCCGAUUCCUCUGGCUAAAUUGAGCAGAUCAAGAAGACUUUCUAGCGAGGCGGUAAUACAGCUUGCGGAGACUUGCAGUAAAGAUAAUUCCGAGGAAACGCCAAGCAGCAGCGACGAGCUUCUAACAAAGAUGUUUAAUAAUUCGUGUAUGGAGGCGUUGAACCUUCUCAAGAAAGCUUAUGACCAGAAGCUGGUAAAAGAAGUAAGUAAUGUCAAUAGCACACUAAAGAACAUUGAAGAAGAUUCAAGACAAAAAGACCAGCAAAUCUCUCACCUAAAAAGCCGGUUAAUAAAUACGGAGAAAGAACUUGAAAAAUGGAAAUGUCGAGUAAAAGAUUUGGAGUCAGAAAAUUUCAUCAAAGAGCAGACUAUAAGACAACUUCAGGAGCAAACCGAGGGAGGGGAUAAGUCAUCGAGAUCAAGAACUAUAAGCAGCACCGUGAGUUCAUCGUCUCUAAUAGAAGGCGAGAUGACCACAUACUGCUGACAGUAAAUUCGUCAAUACAGCUACUAUUUGACUUAGAGGUUUUGCCAAGGAUUUGUUUUCAAGAGUAAGCUUCCAGUUGGAGAGAGGUGGUAUAAAAUGUACAACCUUGUCUCUCGAAGAUGGUCGGCAAAGUUUACGUGACAUGUACUCAUUCCGAAAAGCAGAAAUAGUUCUAGCGUUGCGUGACAAAGAGAGGGCCAGGACUGGACUAAUGAGCCCCCCUCUACAAGCUCCUGUAUUUAAGUUCCCGAGAUGCUACCAUAUUCCUAAAUUCUGGGAUUAUUGGUCACGAAAAUGUUUGGCUUCAAAUUUGCGUGACGAAAAAACAUAGUGGCAGAGCCGGGGGGAAGUAGGGAGAAUGGCGGGGGGGGGGGGGGGUGCAGUAGACAGCCUCGUCUUAAUUUAACCCCGCUGAUACUGGGAUGAACUUGUUGUCAGACUACAGAGCAUAACCUUAAGGUUUUGUAAGAAGAUAGUUCCUUAUUGCUAAAGAUUACUUGAUUUUCAGUGCAGCCCCUCACAAAAUUGCUAAGGAAAUUGCAAGUUGCCAUUGAAAAACAAUGCUUAACCUUUUCAUAUGUAAUAUGAAAGAUUAUUUAAAUAAAAGUUUUAUUUAUUUUAAAGAGCAUUUAUCUCCAUAUAUUAUUGCCCAAUAUACUUUAGUAGUACAAAAUUAAUAUCAUUAAAAAGGUGAGCAAAGCCUGGGCCAUCUAUAUGGUUAGCAGCACAAUUUAGGUUUUUAAACAAUGACAAAAAAACUUUCUUCAAAAUAAUACAGUCUACAAUUAGUUUGUCUGUGUGGCCUAAUGCUCCGUGGCUUGGAAUCCCGAUCGAGCAGUUCAGUUUCAGCCCCUUCCACAGCCACCAUAUGUUCUUGGAUAAGAUUAUUUUUCAUAUUAUUUCAAUGCUUCUCACCAUCCAAGAGUACAAAUAUGUGUAGAUAAUAAGGAGUCAGGGCAACUAAGAUGUACAUGUAAUGCUGAGGAACUGGUUGUUACGCUUUACAGUAUGUCAAAGAACCAGAAUAAGGUGCUGAGAGUUUAUCUUCUUUCGAAUAUGGCUGUGGCAUACUCUGGAGAUGAGCUAUGCAUAGCUGGAGCACUUAUGUCCCUAAUGUUGUGUUCCCAAUGCAAUCACCGUCCCUUCUCAAAUGCAAUUGUUUUUUGCUUUUUCAUGCUAUAUUCUAAACGAAAUAGAAGAUAGUGUUCCUGUUUUCUAAGAAAAUCAUGCACUUUUGAAGCCUAGAAAAACUGCUGAAUGCACUUGUACAUGUAUUGUAUCUUACUUGUGUUCACAGUGAUUUUUCUAUACAGUACCUCAAGCAUACAUUUUUUUUUAGGACAUGGUACACAACCUUCUGUUUGGUAAAAUAAUAUUGUUUCUCUGUACUCUAGCAAACACAGAUUAAUAGCGUUUCUGGUUCAGCU